UUCGCUCCGGACUACCAAAAAGGUCGUUUGGCAUCCGUACACAUAUUCAAACUGCUCGACCGAUUGCCCAAAAUACUGGUCAAUCAGUUCACCGGCGAUACGCCGGACACGAGCGCCGGUAACGUGCGGUUCGAUGGGCUGGAGUUCACGUACCCGACCCGACCCAACGUCAAGAUACUGAACGGUCUGAGCUUUGAUGUGUCCAAAGGCCAAACUGUGGCUUUGGUGGGCGCCAGCGGUUGCGGCAAAAGUACAAUCAUUCAACUCAUGCAACGCUUUUACGACACCGAUGGCGGCGAAGUGAUACUGGAUGGUAAAAACAUACGUAACCUAAACAUUCCGUGGUUGAGGCGUCGGUUGGGUAUCGUAUCCCAAGAGCCGGUGCUCUUCGGCUACAGUAUUGGCGACAAUAUCGCGUACGGAGACAACGGACGGACAGUCGCCAUGAAUGAAGUGGUCGGUGCGGCCGAGAGGGCCAACAUUCACGCAUUCAUCAAAUCCCUGCCUAUGGGUUACGAUACGCCCGUCGGAGACAAAGGCACACAACUCAGCGGUGGGCAGAAACAGCGCAUAGCCAUCGCCCGGGCACUGGUCCGCGACCCGGAGAUACUGCUCCUGGACGAGGCCACCAGUGCUCUCGAUUCAGAAAGUGAACAGGUGGUUCAACAAGCGCUGGAUGAGGCCCGGGAGGGGCGCACCUGUAUUGUGAUCGCACACCGAUUGUCGACAAUACAAACGGCGGAUAAAAUAGUAGUCGUGAGCAAAGGGGUGGCCGUAGAGGAGGGCACACAUCACCAGUUGUUGUCCAAAAGGGGCGCUUAUUAUGAGUUAUAUAACGCCCAGAGCUUAACGCACUAAUUAUUGAUUAAUUAAUUUUUUUAUAACCAUGUUGUAUAUAUCUGUAACCAUAUGUUUUGGGGUAUCAGAUAUAUUGAUCCCCGCGUUGGCGGCCAAUUCAUUAAAUCAUUAUCACAACC